CACAACCCACCACACCCUCACAACCCACCACACCCUCACAACCCACCACACCCUCACAACCCACCACACCCUCACAAUCCCUCAUCCUCUCUAGUGACGUCAAGGAACAAGCAGCUGACUUCUUCACUUUUCAUCUCAACAUAAAAUCAAUUGAAUGGGUAGACAGUGGAGGGCGUGGGCGUGUGGGUGGUCGUGGGUGGUGGUAUGGGCGCUAGUAGGGUUAGCCUCACACGCCUAUCUUAUCGAGGAUGACUUGAGGGUCGGCCUUGACUCUUCCCAUUGUGAACUAAAGGAGACCAUCCUACACUGUGACUACAAGCAAGUAACACAGCAGGAGGUGAAGUUAGAGGAGCUGCUCACAGACGGCCAGGCGGUGCAGCAGGUGGCAGUGUUCAACGCCAGGAAGCUCCGGCUGAGUGACGCUGUGUGUGUAAAUUUCUUACUCGAGAAUGUGUCCGAGGUGGUGGUGGUGGCAGCGGGUGAGGGCAGCAGUGACUGUCAGGCUGCUGAACUUGAGCUCUCAGUCAGCAGUUCCACCCUGAACAGGUUACCUGCCCAGGUGAGGAGCGUCCAGUUGAGAGACAGCAGCGUCACCUCCUUCACCACCACCUCCAGCAUCACCAGACUCACCAUCAUUAACUCCGUCAUCAAGAUCCUCCUCCUCUCCCAGCCACUGUCAGCCGGGUCCUCCGCCUCCUUCACUUCCACCGCCAUCGACACGCUGCAGAAGCUGGAGGUGGCCGCAGGAGCAACACUCACCAUGGUACACACCACAAUAGACGUCGUGGCGUCAAGAGGGUUGAUCUUACGGGGAGGAAAUACGGAAAUUAAGUCGUCCUCCGCCACUACGAUGUUGCACGACAGUGUGUUGGUGGGCCAGGCGGCCACACUCACCAUAGAGAACCACUCUGGCCAGCUGAGGGUGGCCGUGUUGACGCUCGCUGACCAACAUCCUUGUUACCUUAAAGACUUCUUUUUCUGGGGGUUUAUCACCAGCCUAGUGGUGUUGGUGGUGGUGUGUGUGGUGUGGGUGUACCUGUGGCACCGCAGGAGAAAACAGGCUCGUAUCUUCACGUCCCGGCGGUACUUCCACACAGCCACUGACGGGUCGUAACACACCUGCACGACGCUCCUCACAGCUGUUUCAGUCACCUCAAGUUACAAUAAACGACUAUGUCGAGGCCCCACGAGUGUUCGGUGAGCUCUGUCAGUAUGUCUGUCCGCACAUUACGGACGUAUCUGUCGUGACAGUUCGGUGCAUCAAUUAUUUAUUUACUAAUCAUCAAAUUAUUUAUGUUUGUGGUAACCGCUGAGCUGAACUCCACAUCUCAGCCGCCACACCAGCCGCCACACCAGCCGCCACACCAGCCGCCACACCUGGCAGGUACUCGGGAAAGAAUCGUAUAUGUUCUGAAGAUACACUUACAUAUCCGCUGAGGCACUCAACCUCAAACUUGUAGGAGUCCGUACGAGUGAGUGUUUGACAGUGCAGGAAUUAUUAGACAGAAGUUCAAGCCGGUAGAUGACCUUUUUAACCCCUGUGACCUAUCUUGACCAGACAGGAGAAAUCUCAAGAGUUUUAUUGAAGGGAUAAAAGUUGUGUGUGUGUGUGUGUGUGUGUGUGUGUGUGUGUGUGUGUGUGUGUGUGUGUGUGUGUGUAAGUUUGCAUGGUUUAGUUGAGAUAUCCGCGUGUGGAUUUGACUUAUCCACCUGAUGAGUAAUUAUCUCGUCCCAGGUGAGUUAACGAGGUGAUCAUUCCCAGGUAAAUGUUCACAUAUAAGUUUAAUUAUUUUCUUAUCAUUGUAAUUAAUAAACAAAACUGUAUAAAUAAAAUAGAUUAAAACAA